UGUAAAGAUCGCUCGCCGUUACUCCCUGCAUUUCGUAAUUUUUCGCCUUUUUGCGCUACGAUAUUACGCGCUGUCGCCGGCAGUGAUUCAAGACAUGUGAAUAAAUGCGACGAAAUGCCGGCUCGCGAGGAAACGGAUCUCUGCACCGACAAGGUAUUGUCAAAGAGCAGAAUCCUUCUCGAGCUCACAAAAGCUGUCAAACUGGUCUAUGCUCAAAGCUUACACGGCACUGUCGUUCUCGACGGAGAUUCCUGGCUGGUUUACUGGUUGGAUAGAGCACUGCGCCAUGGUCUGAGAGUGGAGCGACACGGAUACUGGGGCACUGCCAGAGAACUCAGUCAUCAGGAUACCGUAGUGGUCAUACAUGCGCUCCAAAGCGUUUUAACUUCCAUCGGCAAAGGUAGAGCAUGGCUAUACCAUACUCUCAGCGAAGGAAGCUUCGAGAGCUAUUUGGCUUGCUUACUCAGAGAUUCCUCUACGCUCAAGAAACAAUACGCUCCUCAUGCGCUUGUUCGUGACGCGGACAAAACUCAUCAACUGAUAAAUCUUCUAGCAGGCCUAGAAAAUGUUUCCUUCACGCUGCAAUUGGAUGUCACAUUCUUGGACAUCUGUAAUUACAUGCCUCAGAGAGCUAUGAGCGGCUCACCAUCGGGAACAGCUCUCUCUUUACACCUUCGAUCUUCGAGCGUAUCGUCUAGUCUCGCAUCCCCCGGUGAUAGCGGGGUCGCUCUCGACAGCGACAUGGAGGGCGCUAACGAAACUGACGCCAGUAGUUACAAAGAGGAGGACUCUUCGAUGGAUGACAUACCGAAAUAUCGUAACAAGUAUAAGCCGAUACUGAACAACUGCAUCCAGGACAACAAAAAUCUCGAUCGUACGUUUUCGUCGAGUGACUCGAGCGAGGAUGGCAAAACACCGGUUCACUCACCGUCGAUGAUGCCGAAAUUUCAAAAGUCUACGAUCACGAAGAGUGACAUCGUCAAUCAAAAUUUAACCAACAAAAUGGAGGAGGAAAAGGACCUGGAUCGUUCGAGUCUUGAUACCCUCAAAGACUACAAUAUAUACAGCAAGAGCCUCGACGAAUCCAGGCUCGAUAUGAAACACGAGAUGAUCAAUGACAAUGAGAUUAAGUCGGCCAAGGAUUACAACAAACGCAGCAGCUACUACGCAGACGGGAGUUACAGCUUCAAGAAGAACAUUGACCCACGAAAUUCUUACGUGAUAAACAAUGACACGAAUCUUCUCGAGCUGAGCAUGACGAUUUCGGAUUGCGAUUGUUACACAGAAGCCCCUUACAGCAUAUUGAACACGAUUAAUAUGACGGACAACGGCAUACUCUCGUCGUCUGGAUCCGUAGGGAUCGUUCAACGUCGCCAGCGUAAGAAAAAACGUAGCGAGACGAAGAAACGCGUAAGUUUUCACGAGGAUAUAUUUAAAACAAUGAAACUGGAGGACGACGAGAAUUACGCCGACUUUUCGAGAAGUUUUUUACAACCGAAUUCCGUUCAGAGGAAAGAUAGCCAAAAGGGUAGAUACAGCUGGUGCGCCCACGGUGAUUCCCCGUACGUUCAAAGAACCCGAACGACGAGAAACGCUCAUUCGGACUAUUAUUCGUCAUCGUCGUCGACGAGUUUCUUCGACUUCCAGCAGCGUGACGAGGAUCACGACGGAAGGGGAGAGGCGGACGAUUGCGUCGCCAACGCGAACGACGAAAAAUCUUGCGAAAACAAACCCGACAUGUCCGAACGAGGUGUUCCGGAGGGUCAGGAGGACGAUCCCGGCAAGGCUUUUGUACCCAAUAUGGAAAUCGAGCUCGGUGAAAACGAGGCUCAAGAAGCCUACGUCGUAGAAAAAGAAUACGGCUAUAUCCUCGAGGACCCACCAGUUAAACUCGAUAUGCCCAAUACAAACAAAAAGUACACAACGACGACGGCAACAACGAGCUCGAGCGAUUGGUCGGACGUCGACAGCAUUGGGACCUCCACCGACGUAGAAGAACGACGUAAUUCUCGACAUCUCGCUUCCCCCUUGAAAAAGAGAAAUAUCACUUGCGUUUUAUCAAGCGACAGUAAUCGAUUGAUGAUGCCACCGCUGCGCCAAUCCGGCGGCGGUGGCGUCGUUGGUGGCCCGUCAUCAACCAAAGCUUCUCUCCUGAGCAGAUUUCUUCGUUCUAUCACCGAACGGAAAUUCGAUCUCAACAAAAAGAACACGAAAAAAACUCCCAAACCGAGUCCGCUCUACAUCAGGGGUGCUAAGGCCGAUUACGAUUCUUUCAAGGACUUUAAUGAUAACCUUGAGAAAGAAAUACAGGAGAACAUGGUAGCGGAAAGACAGGAGUUUAGCGGUGAAAAGAUAAGUCUGAAACUACGAGAAAUUUUCAAACGUCACAUAUAUCGUGACAAGAGCGAGGAGCUUUACAAAGUUUACAAAGUUCGAAGCUCCUACAUGAAUAACGGGGAUAGCAGGCCCAUGCUCGCCCUCCUGACCGACAAAACUUUGUACCUCACUGGCUCCAAGUCGGAUCAUUCGUACAGCAAUCAGUUUGUCAUUCCUUACAACGAACUCGACGUUAUAAUGAUCGGACUAAACGCACAAACCAUACUCAUUUCGAAUGCCGAUUACGAGAUGCAGUACUUAUUUUCAACGGGCAGCUCUCAAACAACUUCCGAGCUCAUAGCCCAUUUGGAAAUGGCUAUGAGGCGAUCACCUUCCAAGCCGAGAUUACCGGCGGUCAAGGAGUUGAAUUAUGACGAUAUGCACACACUCAAGCAUUCCAUACUUUCUGAAACGGCGGUCCAUCCCGAUGAAAAAAUCGAGCACUAUAGUCUAAUUUAUAUGGAGGACGAACACAUUUCGCCUCCAAGUACACCCUGCGGACCGACGAAAGAGGGCGAUUUGAUGUUUCGACCACACUCUUACCAGCAGCAGACACAUCCGAAUGCACCAACCAACCCGUGGGAAGCCGGUUAUUUCGUUCUGAAGGGCGGAGUCGUUUACAUGUUCACCGAUUCGAAUCAAAGACUUCCGAAGCGUGCAAUACCCCUGAAAGGCGGCCUGUGUCAGGGCUGUCGACGGAUCCCGAGUGCUCAUAGACCUCACACCUUCGAGAUUCUUCUUAAACCGAAUAAGGCUUUUCAGUUUGCCGCUCCGGAUGAAUAUGUCGCGUCCGAGUGGCUUCAGAGCUUCGUACAGAGCGCCUCGGGCCUUUUCGAUUCUUCGGAAAAAACGAGUCCGUUACCGUGCAGCCUUGUUGCCACUACGCGACAUUUGCUUACCAUGAAAGAAGUUUUUCCAGGUACUCAAAGAGGACAAACGCUCUCGUGCGCCUCCGUUGAAGAUCUCACAGCUUUUCGUGUACCUCUCGCUCAACAAUCUUGGUGCAUUCUCGAAUUCGCCUGUCGGGAGGUCCACGAGAGCAGCGGUGAUUGGGUAAUAUACUUCACCAAUUAUACUGAACUAUGCGCUUUUCGUGAAAUAUUAGAAACCCUUUGGGCUGAUUCGAACUUGGGCGAGUUUCCGAUGGUGACGUUACCACCUGAAGACAAACUUCACAGGCGGUGUUCCGAUGCCAGCAAGGAUCUCGAACACGCGUGGAAAUACUUAUUACCGAUACCCUCGGAGUAGUAAGCUUCGCGUACAAAUCUUUUAAUCUCCUGUCCUUCUCAACCGCGAGAGUUUCAAGAUUCCGACCACACUUGGAGCGUAUUAUAUUAUAUACUCGCGAGGUGUAUUCGGUGCAUUCUUAUUACGGUAUAUUCGCGCAUAUCACCGGCAGCUCGUUCUCAAUAGCCUUUCAGGAGCAAAAACUCCGCCGAGUCCUUCACUUAAUAAUGAUACUCGGACCUCCAAGGUGAUACUCUGUUUGACAGAUCAUAUGAUUGUUUCAUUGAUACUCGUAUAUAUUAUUUUCUCGGAGUGUUUGCCCUAGUCGCGCAUUCCUCUGUCAUAAUGCAAAUAAACAUGAUGCGAAUGUCGUAUGAAAUGAUAUUUCGAGUUUCCGAGGAUUAAAUUUACUGAACAACCAUGCCGUAGAACAAGCAACAAUACGAAUUUCUAUAUUGUUGUCGAGUCGUGGUGCAUCAAACAAUAUUCGCACAUACAUUGCAUUCGACGGGUCUCGAAUAUAUACUCUCUGCCUUUCUCUCUCUCUCUCUCCCUCUGUAAUGUGAGAUCGAGCUGUUUGGCAGUGCAAUAUGCAAUAAUACUAUGUUACAAAUAUUUAUAUAUAUAUAUAUAUAGAUAUAUAUAAAUUCACUCUAAAAUUCCGAUACGCCAUAAUGUUACCAUUAAUUUAUGAUGAUACGGGAAAAGACUGUUGAGUGAUGGGAAUUGUGAAUGGGAUGUGAUUGCAUAAGUGUAGAGUAUCCGCGUGUGUGUAUCCUCUUAGACGCCCCGGAAUUUUUUUUACCGAAAUCACGUAGAUCGGGUAUCGCGAGAUUAAUUUCGGCGCGGUUGAAACAGUUCGUUUUUUCGAUCUGGAGAAAAUAUUAAUGAUGCCGAACGGAGAGAUGAUUUACUGUGGAAAGACAAAUGAAAAACUGGCCAAACAGAUCUGAUUGCGACUAUAGAAAUUUGACUCGCGGAUGGUAAGAGUUUCACAUGCGUGUCCCCUCUCCACUCACAAAACAUUCGUAGGUUGAAGGUAUGAUAAUGAAAUCGCCUUUAAACGGGAAUGAAUGUGAAAAUGGUCUAUAAACAAAUAUCAAUGAUAAUAAUAUAACGGUUAAAAAUAAAUGUGGAGGCUUUCUGUGAAUUUAACAAGUGCUUUAGCUCUAAACACACAAUAUAUAUUUUCUUCAACCACCGAGCAAAGAGGUUUAAUUUUUAUGUACAAAUCCACGCAUGACGUUAAGACCGAAAAAUCAACGCGCCAAUUGUAUUAUAUGAAUCGAGGUGCUUCGAUAGCUCUUUUUAAUUAAACACUCUUGUCGGAUGUGCAUAACUUAUGGCCAACAACGAGAUUGAAGAGAAUAAUCAUUGGGUUGUAACAACGGUCUAAGGAAAAAAGAUCCGAACGACAAACGAAUCAGACAUAAUAUAGCUUUUCUCAGUUAAAUUUGUGAUUUUAGAAAUUAUUUGCAUAUAUAUGGCCAACAAUGUUUUAUGCAUUAUAAUUUUCAUAAACGCGAUAUCGACCGUGACGCGGAAUAAUAAAUUAUACCUAUAAAAUUUGUGAAUAGUAAGUAUAUGAGGAGACCACGCGAUUUAUAGGAUGCGGUGGCGAUUCAACGGUGAAAUUGUGAUAGGAGUAUUAGAUGAGAAGAGAUACGACACUGGUGGCCGGUAGCAGAAAACAAAAGAAGAAUAUUCGUUUGAAGUAACACAACACCUGCGAUUGUGAUUUUUAUGGAAGAUACAAUGUACUCGCGCGAACGGCAAAUAGAUUUUCUCCUGUUGAAAGAUUGACGAGACGAGAGAGCGAGCAUUGUGGUGCGGCAAUCGUGCGUAUGACGUUACAGCCAGCGGUGCGUCAGUGAUUUUCCGCCACUCGCUAUGAUUCGCCUUCGUCAUGAUUUCUUUCAUCCCUACGGCCACAACCAAUUUUUAGUAUGUAUCACGAUACAGAGUAGAAAACCAAUGAAUUGUAUGAGCUAGUCGGAUGAAUAAAGUCACCAAUUUAUCACUAA